CAAAAUUUCAAAACUCCCUCCUUUUUUCCCCAGUUCCGUUCUGGGUUCUUCCACGCCGACGCAGCCUUGCUACGCUCUCUCACCGGCGAUGCUCCAAUUCAACAGCGAUCCUGGCCCUCUGGCCAAUAAUCAUCCGACGUCAUCGCAGGACGAACCAUCUCGGCUGCGUCUUGCAGAUCCGAUCCUCCUACGUCUACGGGCCAUUCGCAAGGCGACGGAGGAUUCUCGCAACUGCCCCGAUGACACUGCUGCCGUUGAACGCUUGAAUAACCUCCUGGAAGAUUUAUUUAGGGACUUCAUUGAAGAUGAACGGUAUCGGGAUGAUAUCAGAUUCCUUAAGAUUAGCAUUCUCUAUGGGGAUGCAACUGGGAACGUUGAGAAGGUGUUCAAGAUUUUGGAGUAUAAGGGAAUCUGCCAGGCCCAUUCUUUGUUCUACGAGGCGUACGCGAUGUCUCUAGUUGCUUCUCGGAGGCUAGUAGAAGCGCAUGAAGUCUUCCAGCUGGGAAUAUCCAGGAAAGCCAAGCCACUUGAUAGAUUGAAGAAGCUGCAUGGCAUGUUCCUGGAUGAGGUAGCCGCGGUUGCACAACAGAAAGCAGCUCCUGAUUCAAAGCGUGAUGAUACUAGAUCACUAAAUGGGGAGUCAGAUCUUGUCAAUCCUUGGUCAUUGUCCACUGUUGAUAAUUUACUUAAGAAGAUGGAUGCUACAAUAAGGAAGUACAAUGGUUACCAUUGUAGUACUAAAGUAUAUUCAGGAAAAGUUUCUUUAUCUUCCUUACAGAAUUCUUCAAGAAAUAAAAUUGUGGAGUUAGGUGGUUGCAAAUAUCAAAUCAAAGGCUGCUCUGGUCUUGGUGGUUUUGCUCAAGUAUACAAGGCUUAUAUUGAUUCCAAUCCUGAUGAUAUUGUUGCACUGAAGAUUCAAAAACCUGCAUUUUCAUGGGAAUUUUACAUGUAUCGUCAACUUGAUAAACGGAUCCCUGAGACUGAGAGAUCAAACUUUGGAAAUGCCCACAAAAUGCACAUCUUUUCUGACUUGAGUGUACUAGUUUGUGAUUACUUAUCCCAUGGAACUCUCCAGGAUGCUAUUAAUUCUCACUUGGUAAAGGGUAAGGUUAUGGAAGAACCGCUCUGUAUUUAUUACACAAUUGAAAUGCUGCAGAUGCUGGAAACUUUGCAUGGUGUUGGCAUUAUUCAUGGUGAUUUCAAGCCAGACAAUCUAUUAGUACGAUAUGCAAGGAAAGAAUUGACAGAAGCUUCAUUCAUCAAUAGAAGCGGACCUUGGAGGGAUCAGGGAUUAUGCCUUGUCGACUGGGGUAGGGGCAUUGAUCUGAAUCUCUUCCCUGCUAAUACAAGAUUUACUGGGGAUUCUCGAACAUCUGGAUUUCUAUGUAUUGAGAUGCAAGAAAAUCAACCAUGGAAGUACCAGGUUGAUACAUAUGGACUUUGUGUGAUAGUGCACAUGAUGCUACACGGUACCUACAUGACCAUUGAGAAGAAAGUUAAUCCAGAUGGAAGUUACCACUAUGGGCCAAAAUUACCAUUUAAAAGGUACUGGAAUUCAGAACUGUGGAAGACUUUAUUUUCAGAAUUGCUGAAUGUGGGGUCUCAUGAUAGUGAUGUUGAACUGCUAAGGAGUUUAAGGGCAUCCUUUGAGAAGUACAUGUUUGGUGAGCCUAAGCUAAUUAGUAAGUUGAAAUAUUUGUUAGCGAAGCAGAAGGCCUCCUUAUGUUCAUCUUAGCACCAGUCUUUCUGUCUGGGUGUAGCCAACUGUUGAAUCUGAGAAAUGGAUGCCAAAUCAAUUCGAUUGGUUAAAUAGAAGAUUUUCUGUAGGAACUAACAGUAUGUUACUUGUUAAAACAAUUGGAAUUGGUUCGCACCUAUCAUUCUGGUACAUCAUUUUGUUGUAACAACACAUUUCUCUAGUAGUGGUGGUGGUUGUUAAGAAUGAAGUUUAGUUUGGGUGACACCAAACUCGUUGGUUAUGAUUGAAG